UUCUUGAUACAAAGAAAUUUCAUAUUAGUUAAUCAUGGCAAAAGCCCAUGUUGUAGUCAUACCAUAUCCUGCACAAGGCCAUGUAAUUCCUAUAAUGGAGCUUGCUCAACGCUUAGUACAACAAGGUGUCAAAGUUACAUUCAUAAACACAGAUUUCAAUCACAAGCUCGUGACAAGCAACCGGUUACCAAAAGAUGGUUUCAGCGGUUUACUGCAGAUGAUCUCGGUCCCAGAUGGGUUAGAGCCGUGGGACGACAGGAGUGACGUAUGGAAGUUUACAACCUCAAUAUUACAAACUAUGCCUGGUAAGCUGGAACAACUUAUCGAGACGAUUAACAAAGAAGAGAACAAUAAAGUCACCUGUAUUAUUGCUGAUGUUUGCAUGGGAUGGGCCAUAAAGAAUAUGGGAAUUAGGAGUGCAGCUUUCUGGCCUGCCUCUGUUGCUACAUUGGCUGCCAUACUCAGCAUUCCUAAACUGAUUGAUGAUGGAAUCAUAAACAACAAAGGCCUACCUCUAAGUGAUCAGAUAAUUCAGCUAUCUGAAACCAUGCCUCCUAUAAAAUCCGAGAAUCUUGGAUGGGCGUGCUUCAAGGAUGUGCCUACUAUAGAAUCAGCGUUUCAAAUUGUAAAAGAAGGUGAAGAAGUUUAUAGAAUGACAGAAUGGUUUAUAUGCAACUCAACUAGUGAGCUGGAGCCUGCAGCAUUUAGUAUGUACCCGAAGCUGUUGCCAAUCGGCCCGUUGCUGGCAAGCAGCCGUCUUGCUGACCAAACAGGCCACUUUUGGCAAGAAGAUGACACCUGCUUAAAGUGGCUUGAUAAGCAACCAACAUGUUCAGUCAUAUAUAUUGCAUUUGGGAGCUUAACUAUUUUUGACCAAACUCAAUUUGAAGAACUAGCACUUGGUCUUGAACUUAGCAACUUACCAUUUUUGUGGGUCGUGCGGCCAGGUAUGACCACUGCCGCUUACCCAGAUGGUUAUACAGACCGAGUGGGCAGCCGUGGAAAAAUCGUGAGUUGGGCACCUCAACAGAAGGUCUUGGCUCAUCCUUCGGUAGCUUGCUUCAUGAGUCAUUGUGGAUGGAACUCUACUAUAGAAGGUGUAACAAACGGAAUCCCGUUCUUGUGCUGGCCAUUUUUUUGUGAUCAAUAUAAUAAUGAGACUUACAUAUGUGACAUAUGGAAGAUUGGGUUAAGAGUUAACAAAGACGACUCAGGUAUCAUCACUCGAGGAGAAAUAAAACGUAAGCUAGAGCAGUUGCUUGGUGACAAAAUGCUUCAAUCAAAGGUCUUAGAUAUGAAAGAAAAGGCUACAAGUAGCGUGAGAAAAGGCGGAUGGUCACACAAAAAUCUUAGCAAUUUUAUCGAGUGGAUACAAGAAGAAGAAAAGAGACAGGCCAUGGAUGAUCUUGCUCUAAAGGCAUAAGUAAUACAACUAGUCAUCUAUAUUUGGGAGUUGAAUCGACUUAAACUGUAGCUUUAAGUACAUAUCUGGUGUGCAAGUCCUAUCCGCCUGUAAAUAUGUAAGGACAAUAUUAUAUCUUGAUUGUAAUAAAACAAAUAAAGUUAUAAUAAUGAUAUAUUAUCUUAGUUAGUUCGUUA